UUUUAUUCUUUUUCUUUGCUACUAUGUAAAAAUACAAUUAAUUUUUGUGUGUUGAUCUUGAGUCCUGUAACUAAUGAGCUUAACUUUUUAUCUCUAAUGGUUUUAUCCAAAUAGGUUUUGUUUUUACAUGUGACUUCAUGUUUUCCCUAUAUGAGAACAGGUAUCUGUGUAUGAGUUUAACUUUUGAAGAAACUGUCUCCCAAAACAGUCAUAUCACUUUACAUGCCCCCCAGCAAUGCACAGAGCCCCAGUUCCUCCACAUCCGUCCUUACACUUGGUACGGCCCACAUGAUACCCCAUCAUCAACUUACAGGGCAAUGGACGGUUAGAAAAAUUAAGUGACUUUCACAGCCACCCCAAACCACCUUCUCAGCAGGCUCAAAGCACUGGCUCAGAUCUCACCAAGUCUGUGCCCUUAGAGCCUCAUUUCCCACCCACGGAUGAGCAAACUGACACCCCAAGAGGUCACUGAGGGAGUGACUCUCCGGCCUUCAAGACCUGAGUCUGUUUUGUGUGGCCCGUCCCAAACCAGAAGAUCAGGGACCUCCUCUAGGACUCCACCCCCUUCCCUUGCCCUCCACCCACCCUUCCCCUACCCCGGGGCAUCAUGCUCUCCCAAACUUGGGGGUCCAGGAAGGCUGGGAGUGUUCCGUUUGACAUCACAGAGCCGGUUGCCACGGGAGACGUGCAGACCCAGGCAGGGGAGAGCAGAGCCCUGCUGCACAGGAGGCCCAGCAGCUCCUCCCCCACCACGCUGGCCCUCCAUGGAAGCCUUGAUGCAGUGAGCUGGGCCCGAGGACAUCCCAGCCACCCCGACACGCCACCCAACAUCUACGAGGGGGGCCUGGGGGCCCAGCAGCAGUGCCCUGGUGCCCAGGGAAGCAAGCCCAAGAACUUCCGGCUGCGCCACCUCCGGGGCCUGGGUCUCUACCUGCCGAGCCACAUGCAGCCCGCCGGCCAGGGUGAGAGCCACUGGCUGGGCCAGCUCAUGGCCAGGGGCUGCCUCCCACCGCCCAAGGGUAUGGCUUGGCCCCUAGACCUGCCACACGGGACUCUGGGCCCAGGGGACAGCCACCGCUCAGUUCUUCUGGAAACUCAAGUGCCCGGGGACAGCCUGGAAAAUCCAGCUUCCAGUUCCAGCGUGGACCCGGCCAAGGGUGCCCCCUCCCAGCCUGGUCCGCCAGAAGGCUCGGGGCUCAGGCCGAAGAGGUCCUGGGGGGCCUCAGAGGAGUCCACAUGUCCCUUGUGCAAGAGAACCCGCUCUGGGGCUCUGGAGAGACCAUAGGGAUCUGAUGGCAGGACUGGCUGUCCCAGCUCGGGACGGGAAAGGAAAGGAUGGCUCAGGAGAGGGAGGCAGGUCCAGAGAGGAAGGGCUCAGCCCCCACCAGGAGUCACCCCACAGAGACACCCCAGCAGCUGCCCAGCACCAGAGCCUGGGCCUCAGGAAAACUCAAGGGGGGGGGGGGGGAGGGAGGAGGAGGUCCCGAGGGAGGAACAGAAAAAAAAUAGAAGCCCUUGCAGCCUGCUCCAACUCAGGUCAGCCACCUGUACCUGGGAGGCCAGGCUGAUCGGAGACUUGGGCUCCCAAGAGGCUGAGAAGCCCACAGGUCUAAUUUUAAUAAAAGCCAAGGCCUG